UGCUAUCCAACGGAGCGCUGCGAUUGGUUACCCAAAAUGAUUAGGCGGGGCUUAGCGAAGUGUCAAUUGUGAUGUGUAAAUAAGAACGUUUUUAUUUUAUUUAACGUUCCAUUUCAUUGCGAGGUCAUUGUUGUUGAGUGCUACCUGGUUAUUUUCCCUUUUCCGAGGAGUUCGACGAGAGUCAAUGCUUUUACCUCAGGAGUUUGGUACUGAAGAUGGAGAAAAAUGCAGACGUCAAAGAAAGUGGAAGCGGAUAUUUUAGAUUCAUCAUUGAAAAGGGAGCAAAUCAGACAGCGCUCCGAAGAUUCUCUGACAGGGACGCUGUUGGGAGAUCAGCAGCAACAGCGGCGGGUUCGAAUGUGAGAAAAGAUACCGAAUUCUACGAUUACAUUGCCAACAUUACUGAAAAAACACUGUUCGAUGGUAUGAUUAUGGUCACGAUUAUGCUCAACGCUCUGUUCGUGGCUUUGGAGACGGACUAUGAUUUGAAAUACAAACUUUUUGGAUUCUUUGCGAUUGCAGACGAAUUCUUCAUGGCCAUUUACACCAUGGAGUUCUUGAUGAAGGUGUACGUUGACCCAGGGGUUUACUGGGAAAAUGGCUACAACGUUUUCGAUGCUAUUAUUUUGGUCAUUUCAUUCGUUCCCAUGUUCGCUGAUGGAGGGGACUCCAGUGCAAUGGGGACCAUGCGCAUCGUCCGCUCUUUUCGCUCUUUGCGUUUGCUGAAGACUGUGUCGUUAAUUCGGGGCCUGCAGGCCUUGGUUGUAGCGCUAUUCAAGACCAUGAAGAGUGUGGUCUAUGUCCUGUGCCUGAUGUUUCUCCUGAUGUUCAUCUUUGCCAUCAUUGGAUAUUACUACUUUGGAGACCCUAACACUGGAGACCCUGAUAACUGGGGAGACCUGGGCUGUGCACUCUUCACACUUUUCAGUUUAGUGACGGUGGAUGGUUGGACUGAUCUGCAGCAGAACCUUGAUGCCCUGGGGAUGAACUCCAGCCGCAUCUUCACCAUCGUCUUCAUCCUCCUCGGCUACUUCAUCUUUUUCAACAUGUUCGUCGGCGUGGUCAUCAAGGAGAUCCAGCAUGAAACGAAGCGUUUUGAGAAUGAGGUAAAAAGGGAACGGGAGGCUUCGCUGAUCCAGAAGAAACGCGCCAUCAUCCAGAGACAGAAGAGUGAGAUCAAGACUCUGAUCCAGAGCCAGACAGGCAACUUCACCAAGCUAAUGGAACAGUUCAAGAAGUCUAUGCGUCACACUGAUUACACUGUGGUUGAGGACCGGUCUUCCAGCAUGUCCUUCAUAGGCAUCUACCUGACCACCCUGGAUCACCAGGACACCACUACCAACAAGCUGCAGCAGCUGUACUCCGAGGCCAUUCUGAUUCUGAGUGACUUACUGGAAGAAGACUUGAUUGAAAUGGAACAGAAAGCGCUGAGAGAGAGGAACAUCAAAAUGAGGGCGUAACAGGUACAGGAACAGGGAUCCGACUGAGAGCUACUGAGAGCUGAAAUCCUUGUUCAUUUGCAUACUGGUAUUCAAAUUAAAAAGAGGACAUAUGUUGGCAAGGUUUUUGUCUUCG